AUGACCUCAGCGGCGGGCAGCCAGGGCCCCGGGGCGGCCGGGGCGGCCAGGAUGUCCUGGAUGGCCGAGAUGGCCGAGAUGGCCGAGGAGGACGAGGAGGAGAUCACGGCCGCCACACUGCGCGGCAAACCCCGGCAGGUGCCCACGUCGGCGCAGGCCACCACGGGCUACGUCCCCCCGCGGAGACUGGGCCCCAAGGAGCACAGCUACUACAACCGGCGGGCCGAGACAGGGAUCAUUUCUCUCUAUGACUGUUCUUAUAAGCACAGCCCAGGUUAUAACCAGAAAUUACACCGUGAUGACCGAGAACACGCAAAAUGCAUGGGACUUCAUAUUAGUGAGGAGGAACAGGAGAGGACGGUGGGGGUGCGGUCCUCCUCUGUCUACGGGAAGCGGAUCAACAAUCCAGUGGAGCCCCUGAACCGAGACCACGGCCGCGUGAACCAUGUGCAGAACGACUUCUACCGGAAGAACGACAUCCCCAGCAUCGAAGAGCCGGGCUUUGGACACAUGGACCCCGCCUGAAGGGGUCUCGGCAGCCUGUGGGGGGCGCGGCCAGCACAGAGAGGGACAGGCAUCUGGCCCGCUGCCUUUUGGGUGACCUCUGUGGCCCAGCCCCUUUCUCACCGCGGUUGUUGGUUGAGAACCAAACACCUUUAACACAUGGGGACAUGGGGAGUGUGAGGACUUUUGAAUGUGCCCCCAAUUCAGAUUAAAUGACCCUGGAGAGGGGCUCAU